UCGCCGCAAAAUAACAUUUGUACAAAGACAGCAAACACCUGAGUGGUCCUGCAGCCGGACUCAAUGCCCCUCAGGCCUCGAACGCUACCGUCUGGGUUUGUGCUUGCGUUGCUCCUGCCAUGCGCUGCUUGGUUCAUAAUUAGACCUCUGCUGGAUCCUGCGCCCGCACUUCCCUCUUUGUUUACUUCUGUUGGCUUCUCCUUGAUAGCCUUUCUCGCCACACUCUAUCUAAUCCCGGCUCUCGGACCUUCAUUCUUGAAAGCUGGGCUAAAAGGGAAAGAUCGUGCUAAGGUGUAUGAUGAUGACAUACCAGAGAGUCAAGGGCUUGUCUGUGCAGCAGUAUACGUUCUUUUACUAAUUACUUUCAUUCCAUUCCCAUUCUCCGACUUCCUUGUCAACUCGGUUAAGACGAGACCCGAAGGCCUCGUUGCGACAGACUUCCCGCACUUUCAAUUAUCUGUUUACCUUUCUUCGGUGCUCUCGCUUCUGAUGGCGACGAUGCUUGGAUUUCUCGAUGACGUCUUUGACAUUCGAUGGAGGUACAAGUUACCAAUACCGAUCAUUGCUUCUAUUCCCCUCCUGCUGGUUUAUUACGCAGAGCAGGGUAAUACGAACGUAGUGGUACCAAUACCAAUGCGUUGGCUCCUUGGAAGAGUAAUCAAUCUGGGACCAUUAUAUUACCUCUACAUGGCCAUGCUUUCGACAUUUGCCACGAACAGUAUCAACAUCCUCGCAGGAAUUAAUGGGGCAGAGGUCAGCCAGGCGCUAAUCAUUGCGCUAUCCGUAAUUGUAAACGACUGCCUCUACCUGCCGUGGACGACCACUUUCCGCUUCCGUCUGCCCAUGUACCUCCUCGGCGGAAAGACAGACAUUGAUUUCGGCGGAAUCUGGAGCGCUGGAAUGGCUCAUGGUAGCAAGGAACUCGUCGAAAGGCACCUUUUCAGCAUGUACUUCAUGCUACCACUCGUGAGUGUAUGCUCCGCAUUCUUGUAUCACAACUGGUAUCCAGCGAGAGUAUUCCCGGGGGACACGCUCUGCUACCUCACGGGAAUGGCGUUCGCGGUCGUGGGCAUUCAAGCGCACUUCUCGAAGACGCUCCUACUCUUCUUCAUGCCGCAAAUAUUCAACUUCAUCCUGUCAUGUCCGCAGUUGUUUGGAAUAGUCCCUUGCCCUAGACAUCGGCUGCCGAGAUUCGACGGUCAGACAAAUCUACUUCACCCAUCAACCGUGACGUUCAAAGAAAAACCACCCUCUCGCUUAACAACUCUUACUUUGCGUCUUCUCUCCGCGGUGGGUCUGACGGAACUUACGACUCGCCCGCAGGAUGGAAUGAUAACCGAGGCUACGAACCUCACCAUCCUGAAUGUGUUUUUGGUGCGACUUGGGCCCAUGACCGAGAAGCGGCUCGUCAAGACUUUAAUUGCUACUCAGGUGACCUGCAGUGUAUUCGCGUUCGUGGUGCGGUAUGGAAUGGCAUGGCUUGUGUAUGAUGGCGAUAGGAGGUAGUAAUGGAAUAAUGUAGUAGUUAGCAUUUACGCAUCUGGACAUUUAAUUGGACAAUGGACU